AAACUCGGCUGAGGCGGGGGCGGAAUCCUUCGAUGCCCCGCCCCCUUGUCAUCAGCUUCCCCUCUUACAGUUCCAUUUCAUGAACCCGAGAGUCCCGGACACCCAGACCCGUCUUUACUCAGUGCCCACGAGCCCACGCCCCCAGCUACUUCACCGGGAAUGGAGGCAGAACAGCAAGAUUUCAUACCUCGUCCAAAGCCCCCAGACCUGACUCCGGAGGAGCGGAUGGAGCUGGAGAACAUCAGGCGGCGGAAACAGGAGCUGCUGGUGGAGAUCCAGCGCCUCCGGGAGGAGCUCAGUGAAGCUAUGAGCGAGGUGGAGGGUCUGGAGGCCAAUGAGGGCAGUAAGACCUUGCAACGGAAUCGGAAGAUGGCAAUGGGCAGAAAGAAGUUCAACAUGGACCCCAAGAAGGGGAUCCAGUUCUUGGUGGAGAAUGAACUUCUGCAGAACACACCCGAAGAAAUUGCUCGCUUCCUGUACAAGGGUGAGGGCCUGAACAAGACAGCCAUCGGGGACUAUCUGGGGGAAAGGGAAGAGCUUAACCUGGCAGUGCUUCAUGCCUUUGUGGAUCUGCAUGAGUUCACAGACCUCAACCUGGUGCAGGCCCUCAGGCAGUUCCUCUGGAGUUUCCGCCUCCCGGGAGAGGCGCAAAAGAUUGACCGGAUGAUGGAAGCCUUCGCCCAGCGAUAUUGCCUGUGCAACCCUGGGGUUUUCCAGUCUACCGACACGUGCUAUGUGCUGUCCUUCGCUGUGAUCAUGCUGAAUACGAGCCUCCACAACCCCAAUGUCCGUGAUAAGCCUGGCCUGGAGCGCUUUGUGGCCAUGAACCGGGGCAUCAACGAGGGUGGAGACCUGCCUGAAGAGCUGCUCAGGAAUCUCUAUGAUAGCAUCCGGAAUGAGCCCUUCAAGAUUCCAGAAGAUGACGGGAAUGAUCUGACCCACACCUUCUUCAACCCAGACCGGGAAGGCUGGCUCCUUAAGCUGGGGGGCCGGGUGAAGACCUGGAAGCGGCGCUGGUUUAUCCUCACUGACAACUGCCUCUACUAUUUUGAGUACACAACGGACAAGGAACCUCGAGGAAUCAUCCCCCUGGAGAAUCUGAGCAUCCGAGAGGUGGAUGAUCCCCGGAAACCGAACUGCUUUGAGCUUUACAUCCCCAACAACAAGGGGCAGCUCAUCAAAGCCUGCAAAACGGAGGCUGACGGCCGAGUAGUUGAGGGGAACCACAUGGUGUACCGGAUCUCCGCCCCCACGCAGGAGGAGAAGGAUGAGUGGAUCAAGUCUAUCCAGGCAGCUGUGAGUGUGGACCCCUUCUACGAGAUGCUGGCAGCAAGGAAGAAGCGAAUUUCUGUCAAGAAGAAGCAGGAGCAGCCCUGACCCUCUGCCCCCACCCCAUUAUUUAUUAGGGAGCUGCCCCGCCCGGGUGGCCGGACCCCUGGGCUCUGGGGCUACAGAUCCUGGUUUCCCCAUUUGGAAAAACCACCACCUUUCGCUCCUCUCUCCUUUGUAAUUAACAUGCUGUUGGUAAUCUUAUUAAUUAUUUAACCACUGGCGGCCUGCGUACCCUCUUAUUUUUUGAGGUUGACAGCUGAGGUGCUUGGUAGAGUUGGCCCAUCAGCCCUGUCAGUGACCAAGCCAGGGGAGCUGUGGCCUGUUCCUGCCCCCUCUGUUGCUGGAUUUCACAAGAAGGAGCAGGUGCUGGCAACCCCCAGAGCCAGCACAGAGGUUAAAGGGAGUUGCUGAAGGCAGCUCCAGGAAGUGACGAGCGUGGAGUUAGAAUUGUGCAAUGAUUUAUACAGGUAUAGGAGGCCAGGGGUGAGGGCUGUCCCUUGACCACCAGGAGCCAGAUGCCCACCCCCUCCAUUGCUUUCAGGGGGUUUAUAGUCUUUGAGUGGUGACAAAUGCUGGGAGCUGUGCUCAUUGCUUAGAGGGACAAUGGGAGCUAGAAGAGCUCUGGUUGAGGAGAAUGAAUUGGAAGUGAAGGAAGAAGGCCUGGGGACUGUUGAAAUGGUUGGGAAGGUCUUGUUGCUGUGUGAGCCAGGGGGUUGCUAGUGUCUUGAGUGAGCUGGAAGUGGCUUGGGACCAGGUAGCAGUGGCAGUGGUGGGUGUUUGGGGCCAAUAUGGUAGGUCUGCAGCAGGUGGAGUAAUUGAGAGUUUCUCAGCCACCAGAGGGUCAUCCUUUGGGGGAGAUUUUUCACCAACCGUAAACAACCCUGAGAACUUGCCUUUUUCUAACACCACCUUUGCCAGGAGUCCGACAGCCUCUGAAGUAUGAAGACAGCAAACUUUGUGGUGGGGGUGUCUCUAUGCCCCAGUCUGGGCCCAUUUCUCCCCCCUCCCCCAUUUAUCCUCCACCUUGUACAGGCAGAGUGUCCCCCAGAGAAGAGCGGUUCCAGGACCCUGGGGUGGCUUGGUAGGUUGGGAGACUCCCGUGUCGCCUGCGCCCAGCUCUGCUGCUGAGGGCUCUGUCAGCAAGGGAAACCACACUUCCGACACGCCAGAUUCAGACCCUGCUGAAAGAAUGAGCCGGUCGCCCUAGGCUUGCCCGGAGCUGCAGUUGCUCCCACACACUGCGAGCCCUGGGAUCGUUGAGUGCACCCGGUGGGAAGCGUCCUGAAUGUCCAGCAUUGGUCCGGGCCCCAUUCUUGGCUGGUGGCGUUCAGUGCGAAGGAGCGGAGAUCGCCAAAAUACAGCCAUCCGCAAAGGUGGCGUGUCCCUCCUUGCAAGAAACCUUUGGACUAUAAUUCCCAGGAAGCACUGCGGCGCUGACCGUUCCACGUGGGGGGCGGAGAUCUAGUUUCGAGGUCUUCUGGGAGUUGUAGUUUAUCAAGACUUGACUGUCGGGUUUGCAGUAGCUUGGUCUAGCCCAUUGGGAAAGCGAUCCUGCUCUCUCUUCAACUCCAGAGGCUGAUGGGAAAUGGACUUUCCAACUCCUCCCAUGGUUCAGGAGAAUGGAGUCAUCAACCCAAAAAGGUCAUGGAAAAGGAGGCCCCUGAAUAAAUACUAGGGUCCCACGACUAACCUUACCCUGCCCUCCUCCAUGGAGUGAACCCAUAGGUGAGUCUGGGCUGGAUUUUCUGGUCUUAAAGUGACCCAGUUCCCAUAGCAUCCUUACCCAUUACCUUAUCUGUUCAAGCCUCCCAAACUUGCCUCCUGGGCAAGGAGUAGGGGCUUAGUUUUUAACUUUAUUAAACGAUAACCCUGACAAUAGGUACUGAGCGACAGCUAGUAGGGGAAACAGUGGCUUGGUGAAGGUGUACGGAAAUGCAUUGGCUGUGGAGGAAAUGGGUGUGUGAAAGGUGGGUGUGGUAUGCUGUGUUAGUCACUGGGUACAGCAGGCUGGUGUGUCCCUGUGGCCA